AUGCCAAGAUACCAACAACCUGAGCGAACGCCGCCAGCUUAUCCCUUCCCACCUGGAUCGUGGGGUGUACGCGGGACUGAUAACCUUCGACAGUAUCUAUCCGAAGCCGCUUUGCCAACAAUGAUUCUUGGUCCGACAGCUCCCCAGAUCCCACCUUCUGGACACAAGUCUCACAUGAAUCUAUUGAGCACGCGUCUAGAAAGAGGCAGACAUUUGACCUCGAUGUUUAGCUUCGACGCGGGCGAUCUUGCUUCGUCUGUGCGGAAGUCGUUGUCCCGGGCCCUAAUAUCGUGCAUCUUGAAAGUUACCAAUGCUCAGGUCCCAGAUCAAACGCUGGCCGUGGAGGACGAAGACCCUUACACUAUGGAGAGGCUUUCAGUCCCAUGUCAAGGCUUCGACAUUCCUCGUGCUACUCUUCUCGCUCCCGAUAAUCUCGACAGAUUCGUUUCGUGGUGCGACCAUCUGCCACUACAGACCAUUCAGCGAGUAUUGCAUCUGGUCUACCCAUCCAGUAAAUCGUGGCGCAUAUCUCCGGAGGGUGGCGACGUGGACGAUAGCAUCUUGAGAUGCUUCACUUGGACUCGACCUCCUCCCAAAACAGGGACAGAUGGCGAUCCUGGUCAGACGUCCGCCAUCAUCGUCGUUCAACCGCCUUGGAUUCUCGCCGAGCAAGACUUGAAGAGCUUCGGAAAGUGUCAAUCGUUUCCUAAUUACAAGGAGGAUUGGGUUCGUCCCAUGAAAAGUAGUGAACGGCUUUGGGGCAAGGUAUACGAUGUCUGUGUUGCGAGGGAUUGUCCUUGGUUUGUCUUGACAAAUUAUUCUGGCUGGGUAUUUGGAGUCUUUUCGAAAGGAUGGACGAGAGGGUUUGCUACACCAGUACAGGCCUUCAACUCUAGCGACAGUGGUAUUCUAGAAUACCUCUUUUACUGGUUCUCUUCCUCGAUGGGGCUGCCUGGCUCUUUUGUUAUACCAGAGGUGGGUGAUGAACACGUCGGAUCAUCUCAAGAGCGCCCUUGCCUUGUCUACGAUGUUAUGAAGAAGAUCCCGGAUGCGGCGUUGGCGUUGUACAGUCUUACAUGA